AUGGGUCAACCAUCCUCCGAGGCGUCGAACGCCAUCAUCUAUACUACAUUGGGAAUUUUCCUGAUCAUGGGAACCGGUGUUGCCUGGACGAUGAGAAACCAAUCCAAGGGGGAUUUCCUCGCCGGAAACAGGACUCAGACGGCUAUUCCGCUCGCUUUGAACUUCAUCGCUUCCGGGGACAAUGGUAUUUCCGAGGAUAGAGAGGAUGAACAGGGAGGAGAUCUGGCGACUUGCUGGACGACGAAGCUGAGAUUGUACCCUCUCGGAUCUGGAAUCCUUUUCACUUAUCCAGAAAUCGCCACGUUGGCUGGUCUUCAGGGCGUCCUUGUCUAUGCUUUGGCUUCCGCACUCCCGCUGUUCGUCUUCGCCUUACUGGGCCCUAUCAUCAGACGCAAAUGCCCUGGGGGUUUCGUCCUCACGGAGUGGACCAGACAGCGCUAUGGAACCAUCGCGGCCUUGUACCUGAGCUUUGUGACGCUGGUUACGCUUUUCCUGUACAUGGUUGCUGAACUGUCCGGUAUUGGUCAGGUUGUUGAAGUCUUGACUGGUCUUAACGGAUUGCCGGUACUCAUCGUUGAGUGUGUAAUCACGACCAUCUAUACCUCAUUGGGCGGGUUUCGAAUCUCUUUCAUUACAGACAACAUUCAGGGAGCGAUGGUGAUCGGACUCCUCGUUGUCGCAUCCAUUGCUAUCGGCGUCGAGACCAAGAUCGAUACCAGCCUGAUCGAGCCCUCUGGUCUUUUAAAGGAUAGUCUCUUGGGUUGGCAGCUUCUCUACAUCCUCCCGGUUGCCAUUUUGACGAACGACUUCUUUUUGUCCAGCUUCUGGCUCCGCACCUUUGCCUCCAAGACCGACCGUGAUCUCUGGAUUGGCAUCACCCUUGCUGCCCUUUUUAUCCUCAUUAUUAUCACCAUGAUAGGCUGCACCGGUCUUAUCGCCGCCUGGUCGGGCGUCUGGCCCGGCUCGGACCCGGAAAACCCCCUCCCGGGUUCCGUUGCCUUCUUCGGCCUGCUUGAGAAUCUUCCUGCCUGGGUCGUCGGCUUUGUCCUCGUCAUGUCUGUCACCCUCAGCACCGCCGCCUUUGAUUCGCUUCAGUCCGCCAUGGUCUCGUCCGCCAGCAACGAUCUGUUCCGCAACAAGCUCAGCGUGUGGUGGAUCCGCGUCGCUGUGGUUUUGAUCAUCAUCCCCAUCGUGGUCCUUGCCAUCAAGGCGCCCUCGAUUCUGCAGAUCUACCUCAUUUCCGAUCUCGUCUCUGCCGCCACCAUUCCCGUGCUGAUCGUUGGCUUGUCCGACCGGUGCUACUGGUGGCGCGGCUUUGAGGUGGUCGUCGGCGGGUUGGGCGGUAUCUUCACCGUCUUCAUCUUCGGCGCGAUCUACUACAACGACGCAUACAAGGGAGCUCAGCUGAUACUACUCGAAGACGGCAUCUAUCAGGAGGGCUGGGCUGCGUUCGGCGCCUUCGUGGCUGCCCCUGUCGGGGGUCUUUUGUGGGGCUUUGGAGCCCUUGCGCUCAGGCUGGCGGUGCAAUGGGUUCAGGCCAAGAGAAAGGGUGUGAGGUUCGACGCCCUUGACCGUCCAGUUGUGGUGGAGAGUGACAGCGAGGCGAUCCAGUAUGUUGCUGGCGGAGACUUGGAGACGAUAUUGAGCAAUGGACAGGAGUCUGGGGCUGGAAAGGUUCCUGGCAAGUUCUUUUGA